UGUUUGGUGAUUUAGUUUUGGAGACGAAUUUCGAAAUUUUUGAUUUCAUACGUGCGGGUGAAGUAGGUGCGUUAACGGUUCGUGCGUUCCCGCGCCGCGCGUCCGUCCUCGUCUAACGUUGCGGCCGCCCCCCGAACGCGACGCGUAAUGGACCGGCUCGGACCUGUUCUCAACAAAAUAACAUCGUUCUGGAACCAAGAUGUCGGCCAUCCGUGUGUGUAUACCUCGCGUUAAAUAAAACUGGGCACGCCGCACGUCUACGCGCGUAACGCGACGAACGCCGUCACGAAAAUUAAACAAAACAACGGGGUGCCGUUCGACGUGCGUCUUUGGGGGGUUGGUGUUUUGGUGUACACGUACCCUCUGCUGUGUUAUUCCCGACCACCUCGCCGUGUGCUCCAGAGUGUGUACGAGACGGUGGUGCGUUGAAAGGGGGCGAAGCCCCUGGGCCUUUAGCUCGGGCAUGUGGUCGUCGGUACGUCGUCGUCGUCGUUCCCGUUCUGCGUGCGUUUCGACGCCUCGUGUCGUCGUGCCAGGGUGCUGAGGAUGCGGUGGAAAACGGCGGUGGACGAUUGUUCGGUGUGCACUCGAUAAUACAAUACAUAUUACCCCCGUGAACCCGUUCUAAUUUCCUUUUCGUCAACGUCCGCACGAACCGUUUUAUUUGUUGUUGUUUUUUCGGGGGGGCGCGUGAUUGGGUAACGUUGGUUUACAUGGUUAUAUUAUUAUGGAAGUGCACUCUAGGAUCGACCAUGGCCAGGGAAACAAUACGAUGGCGUACUCGCAAAGGAAUCAGAAUCACAGAGCCAGCCAUAAUCCCAGCUCUCAUCCGGGCCACGUGGCCCAGUCCGAGCUGUACAAGCCGUCCCGGUCGCCGUCGGCGGCCGCCCGCUUCGGCGCCGCCGCCUACCCGGUGGCGGCGAGCGGCCCCCAACAGGCCCUCCAAAUACAGGCGCUGCAGCAACGCUAUCCGGUCGCCUCGGUGGCCGCGUCGGCCGCCUCCCAACAGCAGCAGCAGCAGCAGCAGGCGCCCGCCCAGGUGCAGGCUGCGCCCCCGCUGCCCAUCGGCGGCGGCAUCUACAGGGACUACAGGCCGAACAGGAUAUCGCUGUUGCCGAACAGCGACUACGGACCGGGCAGGACGGGCAGGGAGCCCAUGCAGGGGGUCGUGAUAGAGGACGGCAUCGGGGGGCAGCAGCCGCUCAAGAAGAUCCGGCUGUCGGACAAGGAGCCGGUGCAGCCGCUCCGCAUCGAAACCAGGGAUCAGCCCGGUUCGUACAACCCCCAGGUGGAGGCGAUCUCGCCCACGCUGCCCGACCACGUGCAGCAGGAGGACCAGGCGUUCCGCACGACCAAGGACGAGCUGAUCCAGCAGAUCGGCAAGGUGGAUCGGGAAAUCGCCAAGACGGAGUCCUCCAUCGCCAUACUCAAGAAGAAGGAACAGGAGCUGGAGGAGGUGGCGAACAAGCCGUCCGUCAAGAACGAAGUGGAAGAGGACACGCAGCCGAAACACCAAAGCCUCCAUCAGAAAAUUUACGCGGAGAAUCGCAAGAAGGCGCAGAACGCCCACGGCAAACUGGACGCGCUUGGUCCCAAGGUCGAUUGGCCGCUGUACAAUCAGCCGAGCGACACGGCCGUCUAUCACGAGAACAAGCGCAAACACGUGGCGCUCAAGUCGCGGCUGAUCGAGUACUUCAAGCGGCGCCAUGCGGAGAAGGAGACGCGCAACUGCUAUCUGACGGAGACCUAUUCGAAGCUGAUGCAGGAGUGGCUCAGGAAGGUCGACAAGGUGGAGAGCAGUUCGAAGCGCAAGGGCAAGGAGGCGAAGAACAGGGAGUUCUUCGAGAAGGUGUUCCCCGAACUCAGGAAGCAGCGUGAGGACAAAGAACGGUUCAACAGGGUCGGUUCCCGGGUGAAGUCCGAGGCCGACAUGGAAGAGAUCAUGGACAACCUCCAGGAACAGGCGCUGGAGGACAAGAAGAUGCGCAGCUACGCCGUCAUACCGCCGAUAUUGUUGGACGCGCGCGAACGUCGCAUCAAAUACGAGGACAACAACGGUCACGUCGACGACAUGGAAUCGGUUUACAAGGACCGCAAGUUCCUCAACGUGUGGACGCCGCAGGAGAAGGAGGUGUUCAAGGAGAAGUACCUGCAACAUCCGAAGAAUUUCGGCAUCAUAGCCUCGUAUUUGGACAGGAAGAGCGUGGCCGACUGCGUACAAUACUACUAUCUUAGCAAGAAGACGGAGAACUACAAGCAACUGCUACGGAAGAGCCGUCAGCGGACGAGGAGCUCGCGCAGCAGCACCCAGAAGGUGAACAAUGCGGCGAACGCCUCUGUCGUUGACAUCUUGACGACGGGCGUCACAACACGAUUGCAGCGCGAACAGCAGCAGAAGACCGGUGCGAACUCGCGGACCGCGGCAGCUGCGGCGGCAGCCGCUGCGGCUGCCGCUGCCGCUGCCGCGGCCUCGCAGUCGUCGACGCCCGCCGCCCCGAAUGCCAACGACGCGCCCGCCGACGCUCCGGUCGCCCGCAGCUCGACGCCGCCGUCGUCGACCGUUUCGACGACCACCACGACAUCGGCGACCGCCACGACGGCGGCGACGACGACGUCGUCUGCGAACGUGGCCACCUCGCAGCCAGCUGGUUCCAGUCCUCAGGCUACUACUGGUACGGGCGUUGGGUCACCUCAAAACUCCUCAGUGGUGACGACUGCGUCGCCUUCGGCGACAACUGCCACCACCUCGUCGGUGACGACGUCGUCGUCGGCCGUUUCGACGAUCACCACCACGUCGGCGACGGUGAUAUCGACGGCGGCGACGACCAGCGUCGUGACCGCGACCAAAACGGAACCGGACGAGGAGACGAAGGUCUUCAAAGACUUCAACUCGUACGAGGACUACAGGAACAAGAAUUUUUUCCACGAGGACGGCAAAGACCGCAUGGUGGACGGCGUCAAGGAGUGCAAGAAGGAGAACGAGCCGUCGACGGAGAACGCCAGCGAUCAGAACGCGACGACGGUGACGGAGAACAAGAAGAAGAAGGACAGGAGAAAAGAGGAGAGCACGCCGAUGGAGACGAGUGACGAGGAAGCAGCAUCAAUGCAAGACAAACAGAUACAGGGCAACUGCGCGGUGUGCGGCACCCAACUGGGGCCGCAGCUGCAAUCCAGACCGCUGAUACCUAAUCAGGCGUCGCAGUACGGACUGCGCGAGGAGGAUCUGCCGCCCAACGCCCGCGUGUGCAACACGUGCCGUUGCAAGUGCGUGCGCAGCAGGUACACCCACUGUCCGCUGCCCAACUGUCCCAACUCGAGGAACAGGGUGAAGAGACUGCGUUCGUUUCCCUACAGAUUGCAGGAUCUCUCGCAGGACGUGAGGGACGCGAUCCUGGCGGAGUUCCGGGUGCCUUCGGGCGUCACGAAGUGCUGUUCGGCGUGCUUCAACAGGAUCCAGCGGCGCCUGGGUCCGGCCGAGGAGUGGUCGGAGGCCGAGAUAGCCGAGCUGCGUGCCGCCCUCACCGAUCUAGGCGCCAACUGGCAGCUGGUCGCCGAACGACUGAAAAAACUACCGGUGGUGGUGAAGAGCUUCUACGCCGCCAAUCGCAAGCGACUCAAUCUGGAAGGCUGUCUGGGUGACAGGAAGCCGACGUUGACCGACGAGGAGGAGAGCGGCUCCAGCACGUCGUCGUGCGAGGAGCCGCUGCGCGGCGGCGUGCCGCCGGUAGGGGGCGCAGCCUCGGAACGCGAGCGCCAUUCGAGCGACACCGCGUCGGCGGCUGAGAGUCCCCCCGCCAUGAUGGGCGGCGGUAACGGCACCGGAGUGGGGGGUUGCACCGGCGCCAAGAAGGACGAGUACGACUCGAGUGCCACCGAGACCGCCGACGAGGCGGUCACUCCCGAUAACUAUCAGGGUACUGCGACGAUCACUCCGGUGACGGUGGACGGACAGCCGCGUCAGAACACGUCGCCGCUCAGCGUCAAAGAUCUGGUGCUGAACGUGAUCGAAUACCAGCUGUACAAGAACCAGGGUGCGCAGCAAAACGCCGGCCAACCACCGUCGGCGGGCGCAGCUGGCGGUGUUACGCCCACCAUCUCGUCCAUCCUCAAUUCCAACGACUCGGCGGACGUGACCAUAGUGAGCGAGUACAACUUGAACGCCGGGCCACCUGGCGGCGGGUCUCAAGGUGCCCCCGCCCACCAGAACUCGGCCGGCCGCGUGCAGAGGAACGAUCUCAAUCUGGCCAAGCUCGUCACUCCUCUGAUAGGUGCGACCAUAACACCAGUCUCGGGUCCUAUCGUGCCCAACCCGAAUCCCGAGCCGAUACCGUCGAGUCGCGACGACUUGGUGGUGCUGCAGGUCAACGACGGUGCUGCCUCGCACCGCCAAGAACCGGAAACGCUGGACUUGAGCAUCAAGAAGCCCCGCGAGCCCAGUCUGCAGAUACAUCCCGCUAAAAUUGGCGUGCCCAGUCAACAGCUGCACGUGCCAAGCCGUAACGAUCAGUACGGGAUGUACCACGCGGACAGGAAGAGUCCGGCUGCCUUUUCGAUUAGGUCACAGCCCAAAUUGCCGAGUCCGAAACCGGCUAAUCCGAAGACUGGGUCGAUAACUUUGGGCACGCCCAUGAUUACUCCGUCCCGCUACGGAAUACUCAGACAAAUGACGCCAGAACCCAAAAUGGGCUCCAUCACUCAAGGUACUCCCAUUCACAUGCCCCACAACUCGAUCCAGGACAAGCGGGCGUACGAGUACUUCAACAAGCGUCAGUCGCCGCAGGCGCCCUCCCACCAGCCGCCGAGUCAACAGUCGCCCGCCCAGCAGCAGCAGUACGGCGGCGGACAGUACCGCGAGCCCGGCUACACCAUCGACCAGCACAUGAGCUCCCGCCAGAUUAUACACAACGACUAUAUCACGUCGCAACAGAUGUUAGGCCGGAGGAGCGACAAGAUCCAGUACUACCCGAACUCGCCGCACAGGACGCCGCCGCCGUCGCAGCAACAGCCGGCCGGGGCGGGCCCGCAGCAAAGACAGGGCGUCAUUCAAAGACACACCAGGCCGCAGUACCUGCCGCCCGGCCACGAGGCGCUCAGUUCCUUGGUUGACGUCGCUGUUCAGCAGCCAUCACUGCCGGUGCCGACGGCGGCACCCCACGAGGGUCUGGGCAAGACCAUAGCCGAACAGCUCGAGCAGCCGCACCGUUUCCAGAUAAUACAGCACCAGCAGAUGCGCCAGCAGCAACAGCACCAGCACCAGCAGGCCGCGGCGGCCGCCGCCCAUCAACAACAGCGUAACAACGAGUACCACCACAGGUCGCAGCAACAGCAGCAGCAACCAGGUGGCGGUGGUUCGGCGAGGGAUCAUCACGGCGGGCCGCCGCCGGGCAUGAGGCAGUCGGGUGGCGGGCCGACUGGGGGCGGACGGUCGGACGGUAGCACGCUGACGGCCGCCAGUUUGAUUGACGCCAUCAUCACCCACCAGAUCAACCAGACCGACGUCGCUUCGACCGGACAAAAGAUGCCUAGUGACAUGCUGUUUUCCAGCUUCAACAGUCGGAGCCAGCGUGAACAGUUGGAACACGCCGAGCGCGAGCAACAGCAACAACAGUCGUCGCAGCAGCAGCAACAACAACAGCAGCAGCAGCACCAGAACAACUCCGAAAACCGACCGCCCAGCGUGAUAUCCGUCGACCUGGACGACGCGGGCAGCGUCAGCAAGAGCCUGACCGUCAAGGAGCUCACCGACUCGGUGAUCAGCCACGACUUCUCCUCCCGAUCCAGCAACUACUACAACAUCCAGCAGCAGCAGCAGGAGACGAUGAACGAGCAGUGGAAGCGCCGCCUGGCCCAGAAGGAGGAGAGCAAGCGGUCGGCGACGCCGCAACAGCAGCCGCAGCCGCAGCACGUGUCGCUCAACGACGAACGUCAGAUAAUCAGGAUCGCGCAGCCGCAGCCCAAGUACCACGUCGAGCCGGUGUCGCCGCCGGAGAACAACCACUGGAACGACAGCGCCGGCUUCAGGCGGUACCAGACGCAGCCGCAGUCGCACAUCUCCGCCCUCGACUACGUGAAGAACCGGAUCGCGGAGGUGAUGCGCACGGAGGACGACAAGAAGGAGGGCAACGAGCACGGGCCGGGCGGCGACAAGGACAGGGACAGUCCCGGGGACAUGGUGAUAGACGAGGACAAGAACGACGGCGAGUACCAGGCCCAGCAGCAGCAGCAGCAGCAGCAGCAGUACGCGGCGUACGGCUAUCUGCAGCACAAGGAGGGCGACGGGGUGAGGGCCAACGAGCCCAAGCCCCUGCUUAGUGCGCAGUACGAACCGCUGAGUGACGAGGACUGAUGUUACAAGUUUUUGGGACGGUUCGUCGUGUGAGUUUACGGACUGAGGAACAGUCGUGCGGGUUUUGCUCUCUCUUCUCAAACUCUCUAUCUGUCUCGUGUAAUUUUUUAAGGGCUUGGACUUGGAACGAGUACGGCUGUACCAUAUGUGUAGCGUCCACUGUAGAUAUAUUAUAUAUUUUUAAUUUACUAUAACUAUAUUAUAUAUAGAUGUAUAUAUUUCUCUGUAAUAAAACGUAGGCUAGGCUAUAAAUUUAAUAAAUUAUUUGAGAGUUAAUUUUUUUAACAAUCGCUAUUUUUCUCUUGCAUUUCCGUAUUUUUUACGCAUACCUGUACAUUAUAUUAUUAAUAUUAUUUUUUUUUUUGUGUAAAUGUGUCCAUCUCAGAUAAUUUUCGUUUAUAUAAACUUUGAGGAAAUGUAAAUUAAAGAUUUAAAUAUAGUUUUAGGCUAGAAGUGACAACUGUGUAAAUAAUUGUGAUUUUUUUAUUUUCCUCCAACUACCCCCCCUUACCCACACACCCCCUGUAUUUCUCGACCUUGUAAACGUUUUUCGAUUUAAAAAAUUCACAAUUUUUUUUUAAUUAAUUUAGGCCACGCGGACGUGACCGCGUCGCGUAAGAUGAUACACAAUUUGUGGAACUGAUAUUUUCUACACACGAUUAUUUAAGACGACGUCAUGCUUCCAAAAAAAAAAAACUUGUACACUGUCAAUUUUUUUAGUUUGUAUUUUGGAUGAACAUUGUUAUUUUGUUGAAAUAAAUUAUAUAAGUUCGGA